AAUAAGCCAAAUAUUCGUUUUGUUUGUUUUCAUCAACAACAUUUUACAUCCAGUUUACAUUGUAUUUUUCGCGUGCAGUUUUUUUUUUUUUUUAUUAAGAGCAAAAAUCUAUGCAUAUUUAUAUUUUUGUUGAACGAAAAGGGUUAUUUUCGUUAUUGUUAAUUUAAAAAAUGUCUUCUAUAGGUGUGGAAAUAGCAAAACUUUCCAAUCCAACUCCGCAAUUUUCGGAUAUAGAUGACCAUGAGUAUACAGAAUCAUUACCAGCCCAAUUUGAAAACGAGCAUAAAAACUUAUUUCAAAGAAGCAAAUUAAGAAGCAGAACAGCACCAUUGCUAGAAGACAUUGAUGAAACCUACUCUGGACGAAAGGUUACAAGAAAAUCUAAAGGGCUCGUAUUUGAGAAAGGAAAUGUUAAUGAAUCGAAAGUAAAAAUUGAAUCAGAAUUCUCAGAAUCUGAUUCAGACAUAGAUGAGGAUGAAGUUUCAGAUGAAGAUGAUGGAUUGAGUGAAGAUGGCAUUGCCAGUUUUAAAAAGGAUUUGGAGAAUAAAUCAUCUAGUGAAGCAGAAGAAAGCACUGAUCAAGGCUCUGAUUCUGAAUCUGAAGAAGCUGAAAAAGAUGACAUGGUAUCACAAUUUGCUAAUAUAGAUGUGAAUAGUGAAAUUGAAAAAGGAAAUGCAAUUAAGGCACAGCAAGAAAUAUGGAAUAAACUCUGUGAAUGCAGGAUAAAAUUACAAAAGCUAUUAAUUGUUUCAAAUAAGUUACCUCAAACAAGCAGCUGGCUUUCAAUCAGAAAUAAAAUUGGAGAAGAAGUGCCUGACAUUGUUUCUAAAGGUAAUGAUUCUGUAAAGUCUCUUUUAAAUAGUUUGAUGCAUCUGAAACAAGAACUUGGUCAAAGCACAGAAAAAGAAAUUGAAAGUGUUGAAGAAAUGGAAAUUCCAUCUGAUAGCGAUGAAGAACAUGAAACUCAAGAAGUUACUGAAGGAGAAACUAACAUGAAAAAAGGUGUCAAAAGAAAAUAUAAAAACGAAAAUUAUAGUGACAUUCUAUCUAAACAGUUUGAAAUAGAAAAAGCAUUCAGAAACAGUAUAAUUCAAAAAUGGGAUGAAAAAGUUCGACUAUCCACAGGGCGUAUGACUCAAAAAUCAUUCAAUGCCUUUGACAACUCAGCAGUAAAACAGAUUGAACAGAUUCUACAAGAUAGAACAAGAUUAAUAAAGCGAACUCAAUUGAAAAGAUCUGUAUAUCGAGUCCUUGGAAAACCAGAAUUUUCAGAGCUCAAAAGCAAUGAAUCUAAUAUUGAAGAUAUCACCUCAAAGCAAGACUUACUACUCAAAGAUUAUGAUCCCCAAAUAUUUGAUGAUGAUGAUUUUUACCGUCAGCUGCUGAAAGACAUCAUUCAGAGCAAGUCCAUUGGAAUUGAUCCAUCCAUCGUUAGAAAACAAAUGGAAUUGCAAAAAAUCAGAAAUAAGAUGAAAAGGAAGGUUGAUACAAAAGCUAGUAAAGGAAGAAAACUUAGGUAUGAUGUUCAUCCAAAACUUGUCAAUUAUAUGGCUCCUCUUCGAAGUACAACAAUGUCAGAUGAAGCCAGGGAAAAUCUGAUGAAAUGCCUUUUUGGAAGAAAUUUAAUCCAUUGAUAUUUGUAUGAAUUGUAUAAUACAUUGUAUAGAUAAAAUAAUUUUUUUAGUAAUAUA